AUGGUCUUCAUUCAACGUGAUGAUUGUCGUGCAAUUGCUAUCAUAGUUCAGGAUGAAAAAUGUCCACAUGGUUAUGUUAGAAUCAAUCGUACCACAGAAUGCAACCUAAAUGUUCAUUUUAAUGAUGUCAUUAAUAUGCAACUGUGCGAAGACAUUGAUGAUGGUCAAAAAACAUGUGUUUUACCUUUUAAGGAUACUACACAAAGAAUAAAUAUCAAUCUAUUGGAAGUUUAUUUAACGCCAUAUUUUGCUGCAACUUAUAAUCGACCAGUACACAAAGGUAAUGGGUGA